AUGGCCUCAAGCGCCGGCACCCCUAUCCCUAUCCAUGAUUCCAAUUCACAAUCCCAGCAAGAAGAUGCCGAGAAAAUAGAGAGUCCGCUGGCUCUGCCGAUAUCAGAUGCACCGUCGACACAACGAGAUUCCCCUGACUCGACGGCGAUGACGGCGACGAACGCUCCUCCCCCAGCACCGGUUCGCCAUGAUGACGACGACAUCAACAAAGGCAGCAGCAACAGCAACAGCAACAACGACGACGACACUACUGAUGCCACCGCUACAUCUUCAUCCGACCCCGCUGUGACAGAUUCGUCGCAUCCCCCCGCCACAAUAGAAGCCGCUGAACGUUCAGAGCCCCCAGGCACGAGCACCACGAUUAGAGAAAAUACGCCCCCUUCACCGACAUCUCAGCCUCAUGAUGCCACCGCUUCCCAAUCCGCGCCGACUACCACAACUAACACAGAACCUCCCCCACAACAAAUACAGUCCGCCACACAACCUACCAGUGAGACCGAGGAAACUAAGCAAUGCAGCCCUGCCGUUGGCCCCUCGUCGGAGCUACCAGGCGUGACGGGUAAAGAAUUGGAGGAUCCUGGCAUGGUGUUGAAUAUAGACCUUCUUCUGAUAACCGGAGCCAGGCAUCCAUUCAAGAUUGAUGCGAAGUACCUGCGAAAACGGCAGGUGGAUGUGCCUGAUUUCAAUCCCUAUGCGAUGAGCGUAUAUACUCUGAAAGAACUGAUUUGGAGGGAGUGGAGAUCUGAUUUGAGAUUAACCCACAACGCUCCCAACGUCAUCCACAUGACCAUAAAGCCACAAGAAGUCGUGGACGAAGAAGACGCCAAAGCUACCAGAUCCACUUCCGGCCGGGAGCGGGAUGGCGGUGAUUAUAGCCCCCGAUGCCGGUGUGUUAUCCUGUAG